UGUCCUGAAGUGGCAGAAUGCGAUAGAAUAAAGAUUAAUAAAGGACACACAGCACAUAAGAGGAAAUCUACUAUUUUGAUACCUCCAACAAUUGCACCGUCUUUGUCGGAAAACUUCAACCACCCUUCCUAGACAUUGGCCCUUUUUCGAUCCGAUAUAUCCCAAAUCUCUGGGAAGGCUCAAAGAUUGUUGAUUUGUGUUCGACAUAGUGACAGCAGCAACCAUGUUUAAAGACUUCGAUUACGCAACCACCCUCCGUGGUCUAAUACUUCCUUUCGCAUAUGUCGUUGUCCUCGUCGGAUCUCUAAUAACAUUUUCUUCUUUAUAUAGAAAGCGCAUAGCAGUUAAAUCUGCGACUCUUGCGCCUUGGUUUCCACCACAUCUGCAAAGGAACAUUUACUUUUCUCUAGCCCAUCUUGAGCCAGAAGAGGGGGACGAGAAAACGCCAAAAGUACCAGCGGAGCUUAUUCGAGCGGCUUUAUUAAGAAGGGCUGUCGAAGAUAUUUACCGAAUUAUUCAUAUUAGAACAGCGAAGCAAGCAUGCAGUACCUUAUUACAGAGGGGAAGUGUUGGCGAUGAUCUAUGGCAAAGAUUCUUGAGAGCAGAGAAAGAAAUGGAAGAGGAGCUUAGGGAUGUGGUUAUGGAGGCAAAUGGAUUGGCACCGAACUGGGGACAGACAAUCUUCCAGUCCGCCAACGAAAUCUACACGAAUAAUCAGUUCAGAAAGAGCCUCGAUGACAUUCAAGCCAGAACCCAAUCUGAGAAGGAGUGGUGGGAGAAACGUCGAGCCUCAAUCCAGUCAGAAUUUAUGAAAGAGUUAGAUCAAGAAGCAGAAGCCAAGGCAUCCAAGGUUACCUCGCCAACCAAGGCCCAGAGUGUCAUGAGCGACGAGGAUGCCAUUCUAGUUCAAGGAGGAGGGCCAGCAGCUAGCGAACAAGGAAGCCCCAACAGGAAGAAGAAGGGAAAGAAAUAA